UCAAAUCAUGUGCACGUAAUCAAUAGGAAAGGUAGGCAUACUGUAAUAUAUAUCAGCUCAAUCAUUUAUAAACCAGUGUUGAGCACAGUUUCCGCAAGUUAACAUUAUUGUCGAAAUCUGUAUAGCCCUGUGAUUUUUUGGUAAUACUAAUAGGCCUACUUACCGCCGGUGUCUGCAAGAUAUGAAGUGUCACCUCACUUGCACAUGAUCACCGACUUCGAGCUUUUUUCGUCAAAGGCUAGCCUUUGAUUUUCUCACGUCAGACUGUUCGUGCGACGGGACCUCCCGACUAGGAUAGGUCUCUGUUGAUAUUUUCUCGAAGCAAACCGCUACUGUUCUUUCUCCCGUUAACCAGAGGGUAACAUCGUUACUUUCAAUUCUUCUUCCUGAAUUUUAUACAUUGACCUAAUUAUAAUUAACUUUGAAUUGUCUGUUCAUCUUCGACUGCCUGCUACGAAUACGAUGGAACCCAUGGUGAAUGGUGGCCCCAGGACCAUGCCUCCAACGCCUGUUUUGAUACCUGUUGCAAGCUAUGCAAAUGGAGGCUACAUCCCUAAACAUUACAAGAAAACCAGAGAGUCAUGCAUUGCACUAUCUUACAAAGGACCGGAACAAAAUGACCCAACAACUAACAUAGAUUCUGACUCAGAAAUGGACACAGAUCAACCAAAAGAUUUAAGUUUAUUCAAAAAGGAACAUCCAAAAAAGUUAUUUCAACAUAGGAAUGAACAAAUGACCCCUCCUUCUUCACUUGGUGAGGGAUCUCCUCUAUUGGAGGAAGACAGCCCGCAAAUGCAAGGUAGUCAGAGUCCGUACUUGCUUCAAAGCCCUCAUUCACAUAAAAAUAAGAGUCCAGAUAUGGGCAAUAAUCAGAUCCAAUACAUUCCGCAUACUCCAAGCCCAAACAGCCACAGCAAUCAAAGUCCAUAUAGACAAGGUAGUCAAAGCCCAUAUAGGCAAGAUAGUGAAAGCCCACAAAUACGAGACCAAUCACAGAUUGAAACACCAGGAUUAAAAAGAAAAUUGCCGUCAGAUAUACGCACAUCUUAUGAAACACCAUCAGAAGAUGAGCCUACAGAUCUCUCCAUAAGGGAUGUGGGACCAGAGGAAAAUGGAGAAGAAAUUGAUGAAAAAACAUUGACAUCUGAAUGGAGUUUUGAAGAGCAAUUCAAACAGUUGUAUGAGUUAACAGAUGACCCAGACCGAAAAGUUUUCCUAGAUAAGUUGUUCAUAUACAUGCAGAAAAGAGGAACACCUGUGAAUCGCAUUCCAAUAAUGGCAAAACAAGUAUUAGACCUGUAUGAGCUGUUCAAACUUGUAACUUCCAAAGGAGGUUUAGUUGAAGUCAUCAACAAGAAGAUGUGGAGAGAGAUUACAAAAGGCCUCAACUUGCCAUCCUCCAUCACAAGUGCUGCAUUCACCCUUAGAACACAGUAUAUGAAAUAUCUCUACCCAUAUGAAUGUGAGACCAAAGGACUUAGCACUCCAGAGGAACUUCAAUCUGCUAUUGAUAACAAUCGACGUGAAGGACGUCGUAAUUAUCAAACGCAUGCUGGGUACGCAUUGCACGAGCCACAGUCUCCAUCACCGACUAUGAUACCGAUUCAUUCCAGUAUUCCCAUCACAUAUUCAGGAUUUUAUAGACCUCAUAUGCACCCAGCAUCCAUUCCAUCAAACUUGUCGUCAUCAGGUGACGAAGAGAGUCUACCACCAACACCACGCCCAUCAAAGCAUCAUCAUUCUCCCAUAGUAGACCAUGGUGGCCCCUUACCUUCAAAACGUCCAUUAAUGCCAGAGGAAGCCUACCAAAGGUUCUUGAUGCAACAGCAACAUCUCAUGUAUCCCACAACGCACCUGAAAAUUUCCACUAGUAGGAGUGAGCUAGGUAGUGGGAUGCCUUUGUUUGAAUCAAGAUCCGACAACUCAAUGGUAGUUAGCAUGGAAAUCAACGGAAUCCUGUACCAAGGAGUUUUGCAUCCACUUACAGUACCAGGACAUCCCCUCCACCGAAAAGUGGCACAUACCAUCAAGACAUAAUUUUCAUUCACAAUGAGACUCUUCCACUUUAUAAAUCAGGACAAAUCGUAUCAAUAUACAAGAAUAUAUUUUGGUCAAAAGUACUUAAUACUUGUAAAUAUUUGAGUUCGAGGUUAGAGUAGACUAGCUUGCAUUUUAAAUUUCUAAAUUUAUCUGUGUAUAUUUUAAACUAUAAAUGAUAUGGUACUAUGAUCACCCAAGAAAUUUAAUUGAGAUUAAAAUGUAUUCUUUAUAUUCUUUUAUGACAAAAUAUUUUUCAUCUGUCUUUGAACUUUCUUUAUAAGCUGGAAGGGUCCUAUAAAAUGUAUUUAAAUUCAAUUAACUAGUUUAACUGAUUUUCAUUUUGAUAAAACUCAUGUCUAGUUUGUCAAUAGAGUUGUUGACCAAUGUGGUCUUAUAAAUGAUAAUAUGUAGUUUAUAAAUUGUUUCUGUAAUGAUGACCAUAUAAGGAGUGGAAAUUAAAUUAAACAUGAGGGCAAGCCUAUGUACAUAAAGAAAGA